AUGACCGGCCGAGAUGCGCUUUCCGACGGGCGCGCUAGGAUCGGGGCUCUGAUGCCCAGCGACUCUCCCACCCGCCCGCGCCCCCGGGGCUUUGCCAUCACCGACCUGCUGGGCCUGGAAGCUGAGCAGCCGUCGCCUGCUGGACCCGGGCAGGGGUCGGACAGCGAGGGCUUCGCCGCCGCGCCCUGCCGAGGUCCAGGGCUUGGCGGCCUCUGCCUAGCGCGCGGGGCCCUUCCACUGGGUCUCGGCCUCCUCUGCGGCUUCGGUGCACAGCCUCCUGCGGCCGCUCGGUCGCCCUAUCUACUUCUAGCCGACGUGCCCUUCCUGCCGUCCCGGGGGCCUGUGCUCACCGCUCCUCCAGCCCUCCGUCACCCGCUGACCCAGCUUGGCCGCCCGAAACGCAGCGAGACCAUCUCCAAGUCCGAUGAGUACAGCCGAUCUGAAGACAGGAGUGACCUGAAGGUGUCCCCCACCCCUGGCAAGAGGAAGAUGCGUCGGCACAGGACUGUCUUCAACACCCAGCAGCUGGAAGAGCUGGAGAAGGUAUUCAGCAAGGCCCACUACCCUGAUGUGUAUGCCCGGGAAAUGCUGGCCAUGAAAACUGAGCUCCCUGAAGACCGAAUACAGGUCUGGUUUCAAAACCGAAGGGCUAAGUGGCGGAAGCAGGAGAAGCAUUGGGGAGGCAGCAGCGUGAUGGCCCAGUAUGGGCUCUAUGGGGCCAUGGUGCGACAUUGCAUCCCACUGCCUGACUCUGUCCUCAAGUCCAUCGAGGGGGGCCUGGACACUUCCUGGGGACCCUGGCUCCUUGGGAUGCAUAAAAAAUCCACAGGUAUGAUAAGGAAACCAGGAAAUGAAGAAAAGCUAGCUGGAUUCUGGGGCCCUAACCACCUUAAGGAAGGUUGUAGUCCAACUCAGGCAAGACCUCAGAGAGCCUCCAAUGAAGCCAGCCCUAUGAAGAGCUUGGAAGACAUGGCCAUUGAUCUCUCCAGUUCCACAUGGCAGGAGACCAAGAAAGAACACCAGGGAACUGGCUUUCAAGGAUGCUCAGAUUCUGAAGGGCUGGAGGGGCUCCACCCUGGGAAGGUGGGAGCCUUAUGAGGCCCACAGGUCCCACCCUUAAAGAUUGGAAAUGUGCACAUUCCUCAUUUUGGCUUUUUCAGAAGACAAAAGUUGUCCAGGACACAUCAUCUCAUUUGGAUUUUCUUCCUAGUGUCAGGAUAAAAUGAAAUGCCAUGUGC